UUGUCUAUGAUUCAUUAUGGAAGUGCAUAUCAAGACUGAUAACUCAACAGCAAUUAGGAAUGAGUACUAAGCUAAUAGGUAGACCUUUUGCCUUCCCAACAAUGUUAAUGUUUAUCAUGGAACUUUUUUCAGUCAUCAAGAAUAAUGUAUGUUGACUGUUUAAACCUACCAAGUUUGAAGCAAGGAUAGUGGAAUUUUAAAUUGUUUUUAUAAUUUCUAGAGAAUCGAGUCGUGGUGGAGGCUAAUGCGGCAAAUGGGAAUAGGCUACUGGAUUGACUAUUUCAAAAAUCUGGAUGACAAUGGGGUAUUGUCCACUGAAAGUCCAGUUCAUGUGGAGUGUCUGAGGUUUUGUUUUACGAAGUUGCUUCAGAAAGAACUUGAUGAAUUGAGAGAACAGUGGAACUUGCAUCGUGUUAGAACUUCGUCAAGUUUUGCUGGAAAGCCAAACCUGCUCUAUCACCACCCAGAACUUUUUGGUGCAAGAGACUACAAAUUUCCAGUAGAGUUUGAGGAUAUUGAUGCUCUAGAAAGAUUCACUGUUAGGACACCACAGUAUGGUUGUCUUGAUGCGUAUGUUGAAGAAUUUCAAAUCCUUCUUGAAAGGAAUGGAAAGGAAAUGCCAGAAACCUGUCAUGAAGCUAUAACCCUUUAUUUAUGGUUAAUACAACAAAUCUGAAAUUGUAAUCUUUGUCCUGCAAGCAUGGCUUGAGUUUGAGGAGGAUAUGUAGCAAAGAUCAAGAGCUAAGUAAAGCAAACUUUAUAGCUCAUGAAAAGAGCAACAACAUUGUCAUACAUUUUAGAUACUAGUAGCAUAAAUAUUGGAAAUGUAAUUGCUAGAAAUAUACCAGAUCACUCUUUUUUUCUUUGGAAAAUCAAUGUAAAUGUUGGAUUGCAUUCACAGGCUCACUGCAUGCCAUCGCAAAGUUAUGACAAUUCCAACUUCAGUAAUAUCCCAGGAAAUUUUCUGUCUGACCAAAGUAUAGUUACACAGUUAAAUGACCUAAUAGCUAAACUAGUAACUAGCCUGAGAAUGCAGUCGGACAUAGAUGUUGCAUACAACCAAUGGUGUGAUAUUGUUAAGUCAGAAAUGUAUGAGAAAAUACCUUUUAUAACCAUUUAUAGUAAUAACAUUUUAUCUUGUUCCAAAUAUAGAACGUUUAAACCUUGGUGGAAUGAUAAAUCGUCUGAUCUGUGGCGAAAUGUUCAUACAGCAGAAAGAAAUUGGUUAAAUUGUUCUUCCAAAUCUUUGAAAAAUGAUUUUAAGCAUGUAUAUGUUAAUGUUAAAGAACAAUUUGAUAGAGAGGUACAACGUUCUAUAAGGUUUUAUUGGUAUAAAACACAAAAUAAUAUUUUAUCUGAUCUACAUUGUGAUAGUAACCAGUUUUGGAAAACAAUGGGCAAAACAGGUAUUGCAAAUGAAAAAAGUAAGACUAUACCUAUGCAGGUAGCUGAUAUUGUAACUGACAAUGUUUUAGAUACUGAUAUGUGUUUUAGAAGUAAAGAAAGCAGAACAG